AUGAACCUAAUUCUGCUGCACAAGGAAGACCUCGUGGUGGAGGGCGGCGACGCAUAUGCUGUGCUUGAAGGGCGCCGACACAUCCACUGCCAGCGGGUGUUGAAGGUCAAGGUUGGCAGCCGUGUGCGAGUUGGGGUGGCAGCCGCCGGAGUCGGGGAGGCGGAGGUGGUCGCCUGCGAGCCACAGCAGACUAGACUGAAGCUGCUUGAACGGAUAGACUUGGUAGCUGUUACACCGCCAUGGGAUAAUGUUGAGGUAGACCUUCUCCUCGCAAUGACGCGCCCUAAGGUUCUUGAACGCAUACUGCAGCUCUGUGCUGUCGUGGGGGUCCGCCGGAUAUUUUUGGUCUGUGCGGCGCGGACAGAGAAAGGUUUUUUCUCGUCUUCUCGAUUGGCCGCUGAGAAUCUUCUGGAGCAGCUUGUCUUGGGCCUCGAACAAGGAAUGGUCACCCGUCCCCCCGAGCUGCAUGUGUUUGCUUCUUGGGAAGGUUUUUUGGCUGCCACAGCUGCUGCAGAAGCGUCUGCAGAAGCCGGAGGAGCAGAAACUGAGAAACAAGAACAAGCACCUAGAGCCACUGACGAUGCCAAUGUCUUUGCGCAUUAUUUGCUUCCCCCCCUUCGCCUCGUCGCCCAUCCACACACUGAGUCGACCCUGCCGCAACUGCUUCUCAGGCCUGUUGGUGAAGCAGUAGGUCCGCAGCAGCUCCGGAACGACCAACGGGGAGACCAGCAACAGCAGAAACAUCAACAACUGCUGCCGCGGGCUGGUGUGCUGCUAGCUGUCGGCCCUGAGGGAGGUUGGAUUCCUUCUGAGAUGGAGUUGCUGCAGAAGCAGCUGCGCUGUUUGCCAUUCCGUCUGACAGACAAAGUCCUCAAGUGCGAGACGGCUCUGACAGCCUGUCUGACGCAGUUGACUCUCUGCUACGAAGACCCCAUGUUCCUGCCUCUCCUGCGCUCCCCAGAUCAAGUCUACGCAGCAGCACCAGCACCCAAGGAAGGAGCUGCAACCGGCCCUGGAGGGGCGCAAGACCCAGGAAUCCCUUCUGAUGUAGAACGGAGCGAUACCCACAAACGCCAGGGAGAACGAGAAAUGCUGAAGGCACCUGGGGGCUUUGUGAUGAGCUUCCCUCGCAGAUACAGAACCUGCAGAGAGGCAGAGGGGCAGCACCAGCAGGAGCAGCUCCAGCAGCAACAAGACAAUCAUGAAUCUGCGUAG